GGAACAUCCUCCCCGCUGCUCCGGGAAGGGCUGGCAGGGAUGCUAUGAGGUGCAUUGGCUGACGGAUGAGGAGAUAUUCCAAGUUUUUUCCUUUUUUUUUUUUAAGUUAUUUUAGUUUUGCAGUGGUUUAUUUUUCUUCCUCUGAGAUAAAGAGUCGUUAGGAUUUCUCACCAAUGCUUUUAAAACUUGCUGUGCAUUUCUUUAUCUGUAUGAGCUUUUCGUUUGUUCUGGGGUUUUACUCGACACACCAAGUGCCUGGGAAGCUACAGGGCAGGCGGCUGCGGUGAAUAUCUCAGCAUGCUCCUAAUUAGUCCUUGCCUGGCAGACCCACGAACCAACAGCAGGGACCAGUGAUCUGUCUUACUCUUGCUUAACUCUGUGUGGGAGUGGAAAGCCACCAGCUAAUCCCACCAGCCAGGCAUGACUGUGCUCCACUUGCACCUGUACCUCACUGCCCUGAGCUUCUGGAUGAUGCAGCAGUCCAGCACCUUCCUGCUGCCCAACGCCACUGAGCUCUUGUCUCCCCCUGGGGUCAAAGCCACGGGCUUGCUGUGGGGCGUGGGGGUCCCUCGAAGCCGUCGGAAGCGAUACCUCUCCUCCCACGACAUGAGCGUGAUUUUGGACUACCACAACCAAGUGCGGACACAGGUGUCUCCCCCUGCUGCCAACAUGGAGUAUAUGAUGUGGGAUGAGCGGCUUGCCAGGGCAGCAGAGGCUUGGGCUGCGCGCUGCCUGUGGGACCACGGUCCCCCUCAGCUGAUGAAAUACGUGGGGCAGAACCUCUCCAUCCACUCGGGAAGGUACCGCUCUGUUGUGGACAUGGUGAAAUCAUGGCACCAGGAGAAGCAGCAUUACUCCUUUCCUCAUCCCCACGAAUGCAACCCCCGCUGCCCCUCCAAAUGCAGUGGCUCUGUCUGCAGCCACUACACGCAGAUGGUGUGGGCAUCCUCCAGCCGCCUGGGCUGUGCCCUCAGCACCUGCACCAACGUGCGAGUGUGGGGCAGCACGUGGCGACACGCCAUCCUUCUCGUCUGCAACUACUCCAUCAAAGGCAACUGGCUGGGAGAAGCGCCAUACAAGGUGGGGCAGCCGUGCUCAGCCUGCCCCCCAGUCUAUGGCGGGGGCUGCUCCAACAACAUGUGCUUCACUGGACUCAAAUCCAACCAAGUCAGCUGGUUCUAGGGCUGCAACCCUACGAGGAAGCCCCCAGGGAUGGGGUGAACCAGAAUUAUUUAUAACACUGUCGUGUCCCCCUAGCUGCUUUGGCUGUCUCUCAGCCCCCUCCCUGCACCAUGUUAGGUGGCCUUUUGGCAGCCCAGUUGUCCAGCCUGCUUCAUCCAUGUAGGAAAUGGCUUUUUUUAACACACCUCCUCUGGCAGCGCUUGUAUUGUCUGGCUGUUCGCCACUUCGGGGGAAAUAGGGAUGGUUCAGGUCCCUAUUUCCCCAAACAGGGAUGGUUUGGGGGUGCACGGAGGGAGCAGGGCAGGCUGGCAUGGUCCCUGCUCUGUGGGCUUGGGUUUUUUUCCCCACUGCCUCCCACAUGUGCUAAGGCAGCGAAUACCAAGAUGUUCCCCUUAUGGUGAGUGGCUGGAGGAGAAGUGGGGAGCCCAGAGAGUGCCCCCUGCUCCAAGGUUGCCCCUCUGUCCAUGAGACCUCCAGCUCUGAGCUCCCCAAUAAAGCAGCCUGGAGACUCCCGUGUUUGUGUUGGUCCUCCCUCUCUCGCAGCCUGGAGCCUUAGGGUAACACCAAACUCUGGUUUGGGGCGUAAAAAGUGAAG